AUGGUGGGUGCUUCGGGAGGUAUCCCCCAACGGCGGGUGGCGCUGCUUAUAAGCAAUAACAGUGAUGAUUUUGACGACUCAUUUGACAAUAUCCAUUUCCAAGAAAACCGCAAUGCUAUCCUCCACAACUUCGAAGAAUGGAUCCGUAUGGCCACCGAUAACAAGAUCAACCUGAAGAACACUUGGAGUUUGGGUUUGAUUGAGUAUUUCAGCGAUAUGAACGUGAUUAUGGACGAUGGCAACCGCGUCAACUUCCAGAAGGCCAGUGCCACGUUGGACGGGUGUAUGAAGAUCUAUACCAGUCGUGUCGAUUCUGCAGCGUUCGAAACGGGUAAAUUGCUUAGUGGUCUCGCUAAGAAGCCCAUGCCUCAAGAUGAAGACGACGCUGAUGGCAGUGAUGACGAAGAUGCCGAUGAAAACACCGAUGAAGCUAAGAAAAGACCUCAAAAGAAAAAGGAUAAAGGGCCGACGUUGGUAAAGGAUUUUGAUGCCAUCAGGGUGAAGAAGCUCGAGCAGGAAUUGAGCAUUGAUCCGUUGUUCAAGAAAGCCCUCGCCGAAUUUGACGAAGGUGGGGCUAAGUCGCUUUUACUCAAUACGUUGUCGAUCGAUAAGCACGGUCGAGUGGUGUUUUCCGCCACGCUGUCGAAAGAAGACGAGCAGUCUGCCGAUGUCGUUGGUGAAGAGCCUGAAGACGAGGAGAUGCCUGACGCCGAGGACCCUCCGCUUGACCCCCAAGGUGUCGACCGACUCAAGCAGAUUCUCUUUAAGAACGGCGACUUGGACGAGCUUACACUUUGCCCCUCGUUCGGUGAAUUUAAGCAGGCGAUUGACGAUUUCAGUCGGGCAAAGCUGAUUCUUCUGGCGUUUAACGACAAGAUCGAAGCCGCUAACCUUACGGUGAACCUUGAGAGACCUCCGGCGGCCCCCGAACCUUUGGCCAAUGACCUUGAAGGCCAAGGUGGCGACGACUACGCUGGCUUCGACGACGCGGGGUUCCACGACGAUGAGCCGCACCAGGACGCGUUUGACGAUGAAGGGUUAGGUGACGCCCUCGAUGUGCUCUUCAAGGAACCGGAAGAGCCCAACUACCAAGGGGUGGUGCUGUCGAAGAGUGCUGGUGUUGAGGAUCGCGACUUGAUGGUUUACUUUGACGAGCGUUUGAAUGCUAACUGGCGGGGUCCCGAACACUGGAAAGUGGCCCUAAUCAACGAAGCCCGGAGAAAAGCGGCUCAAAAGACUCAACCUACAACGGAGCUGACGCCAGGGUCUCGGGGCGUAACUCCCGUUCCCAAGCGUCAACCGCCGAAGCCGCUGAUGAUUGACUUCUUUGGGCCUGAGCCCGACGAAGACGAAUUGUUCCGUCCGCCUCGACAAACCCCGCGGCCGAAAAUGCCUCUCCACGCCACCGACACGUUGUUGCCUAAUGAUAUUCGCUACAACUCCCAGCGGCUCACCAACUUGUUUACCAAGCCGCAGAUGCUGAUUCGUUUUGGUCGUAACCGUCCCAACCGCAGCCUGGAACCCGUACUCACCGACGAGCGGUACUUUGCUGAGCAAUACGAAGCCCAGCGACAGGAGGAAGAGGAUCGUGAGCGACAGCUUGCGGCGCUGUUCCACCAGGCGGAAUACGAAGACUACAACCACGACUUUGACGACGGUAUCGACUUCAACGAUGUGUUGGCGGGAGCGCUGGAACCCGAUAAACAAGACGAACACAUUAAUCCGAUCACGCGUCGUAAGCGAGACAUGAUUACGUUUUCACGGGUGGCGAAGCGGGUGGAUAUCAAGCAAUUGAAGGACAACAUCUGGUACGGGAUGAAGACCGAGGCGGUGCCGCUGACGCCGCCGCGAGCGCAUCUGGAGGACGUCAACCCCCCGCCGAUAUUGGACAAGCCGUUGCGGUUCAACACUUUGGUGGACAAGGUGGCGAACAUGUACGACCCGGAAUCACGCAAGGACUUGUCCACCAGUUUCUACUUCAUUUGCAUGCUCCAUUUGGCGAACGAACACGGGUUGGAGAUCAAGUCGACCGACGACUUGGACGAUCUCGAGAUCACGGGUAUCAAGAUGGUGUGA